CUAUGAUGUACUCUACGUAUUUAAUAUCUUCUUUCGAGAAGACUUACUUCAUCUUAAUUAUAUUUGGUGUACUUACGUUGAGCUUCAAUAUCUUUCGUAUUGUUCAGAUUGCAUCCACCACGUGCAACAUCGAAGAACUCCUGUUACAUUUUGUAAUAACAGCAAUCGCUUUUAUAUAUAUGUUCUGGGCUAAUUUUAUAGGUCAAGAAGUUACAGAUCACUAUAAUGACGUAUUUCUGGCUGCAUAUAAAAUUCCGUGGUAUAUUUUUCCUCUGCAUCUUCAAAAGCUAAUAGUUCUACUAUUACAAAGAAGUAACAAGACAUUUGGUCUGAAUGUCGGUGGAUUGUUUAUAGCAUCUCUACAAUGUUUUGCCACGUUGUUAAACGCAUCGGUAUCUUAUUUUACAGUUUUAUACUCCGUGUGAUAGUACACGUCGACGUAAUAAAUAAUAGUUAAGUUUGU